AUGCGCGUAUUGCGCAGAGGCCGAAAUAAGACAUUCUUGCGCUGGUCAUAGCAACAGGUGUAUGCGUGCCUCGAAAAAAGAUUCACAAACAUUUCAGGCCUAUCCUAAAAGAUCAAGAAAGCAGAUUCGGGCAAAAAAAAUAUUUUUCCGAAUGCGGUUGUAGCAUUUGUCAACGUUCUUCAGGCAUGGGAAUAUUGAAUAUAAAGUAAAUUUACCCAGUGAAUAACAUAACUGUAGAAUCAUGUCCCAUGAUAGCGAAGUAAAGGAAUGUUCAGAAAGUACUCUGACGUCGGAGGAGCCGAUAGCUAAUAUAUUCCUGAGAGCAAGGAGCGGAGAGCCGUUUGGAACUAAAGAGGACGUCAACGUGCUUAUUGACAAGCUAUGUGAUUAUAUCUAUAGGAAACUGAUCGACGAGAACUGGUGUCCAUGUGACAGACACUCAAACAAGCUAGAAGGAGAGAAUCGAGAAGAUUGCAAAACAAAUGAAAGCGUCCCAGAAGGUUACAUUCAACGUAUUCGAAGAAAAGUAUUGGAGAUACUUUCAAACUACCUCGGAACAUUUAAGAACCAACUGUUAGCAAAGUACGGGUCAGAACCAACCGACCCUCUGGCUUUACAGGAAGAAGAAACUGUUUGUGGGUCUAUUUCUGGAGAUCCAAUCUCAUGCACGAUGGCAAAUACUGAAAGUUUAACAAAUCAUAUCGACAAAAGUCAAACUUCCGGAAUGCAGUCGGUCACGGACACAAAUAAUGUCUGCGAGAAUAGUUUAUCCGAUAUCUCAUUUGAUGAUUGGGUGAGCGUUGGACGUUGCUUAUCACGUGAAAACUAUUUUGACCAAUCGCCGCGCGUCUCUGUCUCGGCUUCUCCAGCCACUUUGAGAUGGAGUUCGGAUCCCGAAGCAGAAAACAGCUUCGGCUCGUAUCGUCAGCCGGACCGCAAGACACAGGCAUGCACAGCAGGGACACCGCGCGAAGUCCGAAGUGAGCUCGACAACACCCGAAGACAUCCUCCUAGUGAUAAAGCUGUAACGUCGGGUGAGACCUUCAAGAAAACCAUAAACAAAAAGCUCAUCAAGAACAGUCAAGGAUCAAAGGAGAAACCUCGCCAGCAGAUUACGACCCCGGCGAUACUCACAGAAACAGACGACUACCACGCCGAUCAUUUCCGUCACAACAACGAAGCGGUCAUUGACAAGGACAUCGAUGGCAGUGCAGAGGCAGGAGCAGCCAACGGUGGCAGUCAUAAUGGCACGAGUUCGCUAGGAGAUGCUUCUAGGACGGUGGAUUACAAUAUGGCUAGGAGAAGAAGGGCAAGCAAAACGGUGCAGCUUAGGAUGAGGAGGAAAGCAAGGAACGUCGUCCAUUUUUUGAUGCAGCUGCGAAAACCUGUAUAAUUAAAACAAUACAAAACUGUAUAGUUUGGAAAGACAACAAGAGCAUUGUAUUUUGUGGCCCAGUUAGUAAACCUCAAUCUGUUUUGCUUAUUCAGGCGGCCCAAGGAAACGUUUUAACAUUGCCAUUGAUUUUGAACUAGGUUUGUUUAUAUUUAUAAACGGUGAUGUCUACCAAGAUUUACUUUAAAAGGUAUAACAUUAUCUUUCAAGGAUAAGAUUACCCGACUUUUGGAAAGUACUUUACGAACUUAAAGAUUUUCAGGAAAUGUAUAACAGCGUUGUUAACCAAGACUUUUAAAAAUAUAUAACGCAUAUAUCUAUGGGUUAGAUUGUCCAUCUCGUUAACUACACAGCCGGCAUAUUAGUGAUAAUAUCAUUUUAAUGUACAACUCUAAGCUCAACUAUAAUAUAGUUCCUGUCAUAUAAUUUAUGCUACUAUACUAUGAACACAGUAUUUAGGUAUAAAAUUGAACCGACGGUGAUGUAGUACCAUGUUCCAAUAUGAAUUAAAUUCAUUGCUGUUCAUCAACGCUUAACCUAUUUUCAUGAGGAUGAGGUUGCAUAAACCGUGGUACUAAAUAUGAAAAGGAUACACAAAAAUCAUGAUGUUUAAGUUACAGGCCUAUACCACUACCAGUGGUAGUUUUCAAAUAUCAAAAAAUGGUUAGAUAUAGAUCAAAGUGAAUGAUCCGCUAUUUUUCAGUUGCUGUUCAAACCUCAUGAUAUGAAUUUUAUGGGUGUAUAAUUGUACAUUACUUAAAAUUGAUAUCACUGCUACCCAAGAGAGACCGAUAAGGUGGCCACUGUACACAGGUAGUCUCUGUAGUCAGGUUCUACAAUACAAUGUAGAGUUUUAUAUUUCAUUUGUUUAACAUGGUAAUAGUCUUUAGUGAAAUAAGUAUUGAUUCAGGAGUUUCAAUUUGAUGUCAACCAUUGUUUUGUUCCAAUAAAACGAUCACUCAG